UCUCUACAAGACAUAUAUCAUUCUAUGGGUGGAAAGGCUCGGACUUUGCUGAAUGCUACAUUUAAUAUACUUAACAAUGGUGGUAAAAAAGCCUUUAUAGAACAUUGGAAAACUAUUAAAAAACCUAGUAGUUGGGGCAGAUUGCCUAAUCCAAUAAGGCAUCAUCAAAGCUUUAUAUUUUCUAAUGUUUUAAAAAUCUCAAUGCUGAUGCCAUUUAUACUUAGGCAUUUCUUAAACUCCAAUCAUAUAAAAAAAGAGAUUUCAUCAACAAAACAAACUAAGCAACUUUGUAUCCUUUGGGCAGUUAAGGCUAAAGUUCUUAAACUUGCAUUUUCAACUACAAUGACAGAAAGCACUUAUAAAGAAUUACAAGAUUCACUAAGAAAAGAACAUGAGAUGCUCAUUCAGAUUAGUUUUAUUGAUUCUUAA